AUGGCAUUUGGGUACAGAUACGAGCUAGAUAGUAAAUUAGACACAAAAAAUAUUUCCAAGGAGGAUGAAUCACAAUGUUGUAUUAUUAAGAUGGUCGAUGAUUGGAAUCUCAUUCCAAAUUGCCAAGACGUGUCCAAAAUAGGUAUAAAAUCGACAUAUGUAACUGAUUUAACGCAAGAUUCAUGGGACGGCCCUUUCUACACCACGGCAGGCUACGAUUUUAAUCAAUCAUAUCGUAACGGCAACACAUCUUAUGACUCAACAGCUUACGACUCAACCAAUCCUACUGCCAGCGAUGAAAGUGACCCGGAACAAUCUGACAAUAAUGAUUUGGCAUUGGUAGAUGAUAUUGAGCGUAACCUAACCAAACAAGUUUCUAACGAUCAGUGCCAAAUUAAAAUAGUCGAUCAAUUGAUUACUGAUCUCAUUAAAAAUAUAUCCGUGUUGAGUUUGUAUAAAUAUUACUUGGAUUCGUGUGACAAUGAUCCUGGAACUCUGAAUGAUUUUAAAAAUAAAAUGAAAGAAACCGGACAAAUUAUCGAACAAAUCAAUUUGACUAUUCAAACCCUCAAUCAUUCAUGUCUCGGUAAAGAUAAAGGGGUCUUACCCCAUGCCCUAAUAUCAAAGUUAAAACAAAACUUGAAUACAUACAACAACAUACUAAGCCAGUAUCAACAUUCUGUUACAUCAUCCUUUACAGAUGGAGCUUCUACUGUUUACCCCGGUAAAACGGUUGAACAAGUGCGGGCGCUCCUGGACGAAUUUGACAAGACGGACUAUGAUUUCACCAGCUCGCGACAUGAAUAUGCAUGCGAAACAGAGCAAAAAGAAAAAAUUAUAAAAUACUUAAAGGCUAAGGCCAAGGACAUCGAGUAUCUGGAGGAAAGUGCUACUAGAUUGGAUAGAAUCUACCAGGAAUUAUUUGAUGUUCUGUCGAAGAGGGGGGAACACUUAUCUAGCCUAGAACAUCAAAUUUUGAUCUCUGCUGGUUGCAUUGACCGCGGCAAAACGGACAUUCAAAAGGCCUACAAAUAUAGGAAGAGUGGGUGGAGGAGGCUCGCGUACUUUGCAACAUUGAUAAUCAUUACUUGCAUACUGUUGUCACUACCGAAUAUCAUCCCAUACCUCUUUAACAGUUCGCGCAUGAUUUAA